AUGCCUCCGCGCGCGCCGCCUGCGCCCGGGCCCCGGCCGCCGGCCCGGGCCGCCGGGGCCGCGGGGCGCCCGUGGCGCUGGCUGCUGCUGCUGGCGCUGCCCGCCGCCUGCUCCGCGCCGCCGCCGCGCGCCGUCUACACCAACCACUGGGCGGUGCAAGUGCUGGGCGGCCCGGCCGCGGCGGAGCGCGUGGCCGCGGCUCACGGCUACCUCAACCUGGGCCAGAUUGGAAACCUGGAAAAUUACUACCACUUUUAUCACAGCAAGACCUUUAAAAGAUCCACCUUGAGUAGCCGAGGUCCUCACAGCUUCCUCAGAAUGGACCCCCAGGUGAAAUGGCUCCAACAGCAAGAAGUGAAACGCAGGGUGAAGAGACAGCCGCGAAGUGACCCCCAGGCCCUUUAUUUCAACGACCCCAUUUGGUCCAACAUGUGGUACAUGCACUGCAGUGACAAAAACAGUCGCUGCCGGUCGGAAAUGAACGUCCAGGCAGCGUGGAAGAGGGGCUACACGGGAAAAAACGUGGUGGUCACCAUCCUCGAUGACGGCAUAGAGAGGAACCACCCCGACCUGGCCCCGAAUUAUGAUUCCUAUGCAAGUUAUGACGUCAACGGAAACGAUUACGACCCAUCUCCACGAUAUGAUGCCAGCAAUGAAAACAAACACGGCACUCGUUGUGCGGGAGAAGUUGCCGCCUCCGCCAACAACUCCUACUGCAUCGUGGGCAUAGCGUACAACGCAAAAAUAGGAGGCAUCCGUAUGCUGGACGGCGACGUGACCGACGUGGUGGAGGCCAAGUCCCUGGGCAUCAGACCCAACUACAUUGACAUAUACAGCGCGAGCUGGGGACCCGACGACGACGGGAAGACGGUGGACGGGCCCGGCCGGCUGGCGAAGCAGGCCUUCGAGUAUGGCAUUAAAAAGGGCCGGCAGGGCCUGGGCUCCAUUUUCGUCUGGGCAUCCGGGAACGGCGGGAGAGAAGGCGACCACUGUUCGUGCGAUGGCUACACAAACAGCAUCUACACUAUCUCCGUGAGCAGCACCACCGAGAACGGCUACAAGCCGUGGUACCUGGAGGAGUGUGCGUCCACCCUGACCACCACCUACAGCAGCGGGGCGUUCUACGAGCGGAAAAUCGUCACCACGGAUCUGCGUCAGCGCUGCACCGAUGGCCACACGGGGACCUCCGUUUCCGCCCCUAUGGUGGCGGGCAUCAUCGCCCUGGCGUUAGAAGCAAACAGCCAGUUAACCUGGAGGGACGUCCAGCAUCUGCUGGUGAAGACAUCCAGGCCGGCCCACCUGAAAGCCAACGACUGGAAGGUCAACGGUGCAGGUCUUAAAGUUAGCCAUCUCUAUGGAUUUGGCCUGGUGGACGCAGAAGCCCUCGUCAUGGAGGCCAAGAAGUGGACAGCAGUGCCCUCACAGCACAUGUGUAUUGCCGUCGCAGACAAGAGGCCCAGGAGUAUUCCAGUGGUGCAGACACUGCGGACCAGCGCCCUGACCACAGCCUGUGCCGACCACUCCGACCAGCACGUGGGCUACCUGGAGCACGUGGUCGCCCGCAUCUCCAUCUCCCACCCCCGCCGCGGAGACCUCCAGAUACACCUGAUUUCUCCCUCAGGAACCAAGUCUCAGCUUUUGGCAAAGAGAUUGCUGGACCACUCCAACGAAGGGUUUUCCAACUGGGAAUUCAUGACCGUACACUGCUGGGGAGAGAAGGCUGAGGGGCAGUGGACCUUGGAAAUCCAAGACAUGCCGUCACAGGUCCGCAACCCGGAGAAACAAGGGAAAUUGAAGGAAUGGAGCCUCAUCUUGUACGGCACGGCUGAGCACCCCUACAACUCCUUCAGCUCCCAUCAGUCACGAUCCCGGAUGCUGGAGCUUUCGGCCCCAGAGCUGGAGCCACCCAAGGCCGCUGUGUCGCCGUCCCAGGCCGAGGUUCCCGAGGAUGAAGAAGACUACACAGCUCAUUCCACCCAUGGCUCUUCUAAUAUUUUACAGACCAGUGUGUGCCAUCCGGAGUGUGGAGACAAAGGCUGUGAUGGCCCCAGCGCAGACCAGUGCUUGAACUGUGUCCACUUCAGCCUGGGGAGCGCCAAGACCAGCAGGAAGUGCGUGAGUGUGUGCCCCUUGGGCUACUUUGGGGACACAGCAGCAAGACGAUGCCGCCGGUGCCACAAGGGGUGUGAGACCUGCUCUGGUAGGAGUCCCACUCAGUGCCUGUCCUGCCGCCGCGGGUUCUAUCACCAGCAGGAGACGAACACCUGUGUGACCCUUUGUCCUGCCGGAUUUUAUGCUGAUGAAAGUCAGAAAAAUUGCCUUAAAUGCCACCCAAGCUGUAAAAAGUGCAUUGGUGAACCCGAGAAGUGCACUGUCUGUAAAGAAGGAUUCAGCCUUGCACGGGGCAGCUGCGUUCCAGACUGUGAACCGGGCACCUACUUUGAUUCUGAGCUGAUCAGAUGUGGGGAAUGCCACCACACCUGCCGGACCUGCGUGGGGCCCGGCAGAGAAGAAUGCAUCCACUGUGCCAAAGAUUUCCACUUCCAAGACUGGAAAUGCGUCCCGGCCUGUGGCGAGGGUUUCUACCCGGAGGGCAUGCCGGGCUUGCCCCACAGAGUGUGCAGAAGGUGUGAUGAAAACUGCUUGAGUUGUGAAGGCUCCAGCAGGAACUGCAGCCGAUGUAAGACGGGCUUCACGCAGCUGGGGACCUCGUGCAUCAGCAACCACACCUGCAGCAACGCUGACGAAACGUUCUGCGAGAUGGUCAAGUCCAACAGGCUGUGUGAACGGAAGCUCUUCAUCCAGUUCUGCUGCCGUACGUGCCUCCUGGCCGGGUAGGGGCUCCGGCCCCUGCGGGCCGUCCGGCCGUCUGUCCACCUGUCUCCAGACCGUGGGCCAGAGCCCGUUUCGGGGUGGUACCCUGCCUGACAGCUUUACCCCCCAGGAGCCAGGCCCUUCGGCAGCAUCUCGGGGCACCCAGAUCAGGCGGUGGGCCUUCAGGAGCAGCUCCUCCCAGACGCACUGGCUGGCUGCACUCUUCUGGCAAAUUCCACCCGGGAACCCAGUGCAUUCUGGGAAUCCACAGCUCCAGCUUCUGAGCAGCCUCUGGGACCACAAGUUUACUGAAGCUUCCAGACCAAAGCAGACAGUCAAGACGCUUGGCCUCACACAUCGCUCUUCUCCCAGCUUCCCGCAGCUCCGUAGUCAGUCUCAGCCACUGGGUCCAGCCCACAGAACCUGGCUGUCCCCACGCGUGACGAAGGGCCACACGGCACACCUGCUCAUUGCCUGCCGCAGAGCAGGCUGGUGGGGGGCAUGGUUUGGUCAGACUAUAGAUAAGGUAGACCUGGGGACAUAAAACGUGCGACCACUGGGGACGGAGCCUCUAUUCCUACACAGCCAGCGACUUCUGAAAUCGCAGGCUUCGAAAGUCAGAUUCCAGCCCCGGAUGGGGAGAGCCUUUCCUUCUCUGGAGGACUGUCCUCUGCGUGAGCCGAGUGCUCCCUGUUACUGCCUUCUGUCUGUGUCUGUAGGAGUCCUGUGGCCCGAGUGACCCCCUCUACCCGCUGCACAGCCUUCUGAAGGUGUCCCCGGGGGCCAGCCAAAAAAGACCCCAACAACCAAGCAGUUCCUGUUAACACGUGUCACCCCAGCCCGUGAAUUGUUAAUCAUCUGUCACUUCCCGUUUCGCGGAAUUGCUUUUAAAACACACCUGGCCUCUGCAACGCGGGACGGUUGAGCCCAACGACACGGUUGGACCUCUUUCUGCCAAACCUGUGUAGGCCUUUUAUAAGCUAAAUGUUCUGAUUUGUACCAAUGUUAUUCUGACAAAGAGUUCAUAUAUUUUCAUUGAAAUGCACAGAUCUGCUUGAUCGAGUCCCUGCAAUAAGGGGUAACAUUUGCCUUAAAUUUUUUCCAGCUCAGUCCUUCUCCAUCUUGCCCUGCCCCGCUCUUUGACUGUAAUGCAUCUGACUUAUCCCUGGGGGGCUGGGGGACAAAAUCCAGCGGGUGUUUGGUGAAUCCACAACUCCGGAAAAAAAGAAAUCCACAGAGCAGAUACAGUGUUAACCUUAAAUUAAUAAAAGAGUUAACAUCCCACA